UUUCAUCCAUGUUUGAAUUGAACUUAUUGGACGUCCAUCUUUAAGGGAAUAUAGUGGCAAAAUGGUUUCUUUGUCAGGCCUUCAUAUUUUCGUUGUUCUGUUAUUUUUCGGUGAGCUUGGUUCAGCUCAAAUACGAUACUCCACGGCAGAAGAGGCUAAAGUGGGAUCUGUUAUUGGGAAUGUAGCCAAGGAUUUAGGGCUUGAUCCAACGACUUUGAAGGAAAGGCGAUUCCGCAUCGUGGCUGGAACUAAAGAUUCGCUAUUUGAGGUAAACCAGAACAAUGGUGCUCUGUACAAUACUCAGAAGGUGGACCGAGAAGACAUUUGCGAACACAGCGGUGCGUGUUUAGUGGAGCUCAAAAUUGUUAUUGAAAAUCCUCUUGAAAUUCACUACGUAAGCGUGGAAGUAACAGAUAGAAAUGACAACGCACCCAUAUUUCCGGAGAAAGAAAAGGUGAUCGAGAUCGCAGAACACACUCUGCAGGGGGCGAGAUUUCAACUGGCAGGGGCCCACGAUCCAGACUUCGGAAUUAAUUCGGUACAACGUUAUCUACUGAGUCAGAACGAUCAUUUUCAACUCGAAAUUAGAGAUAGGGGAGAAGACAAAAUUCCGUUUUUGGUCUUGCAGCGGCAAUUGGACAGGGAGCAGAGAACGAAUUACAGCUUGGUUCUCACAGCUGUAGACGGAGGAAAACCGCAUAAAUCGGCACAUCUCAAUGUUACUAUACUAGUUCUUGAUAACAAUGACAAUAGACCAAUAUUUUCUCAAGAGGUUUAUUCAGUUAUGUUACGAGAAAAUGUUGACAUUGGUACUGUUGUAAUAAAUGUACAGGCAAAUGAUUUAGACGAGGGGACGAAUGGGCAGGUUGAGUAUGCAUUUGGAACUGACAGUACCGCUAAAAUAGUAGAACUAUUUUCCUUAGAUAAAAUAACUGGAGAAAUUCUAGUCAAAGGAAAGAUUGACUAUGAGACAAUGGAUGUUUAUAAAAUAGAUAUCCAAGCCUCUGACAAAGGCCAGCCUCCAAUGACAACAGAUUGUAGAGUUAUAAUAAAAAUAGAAGACGUUAAUGACAAUAAACCAGCGAUAGAAGUGACGUCGAUUUCUGACAGCGUGCCCGAAGAUUCAAAACAAGGGAUCGUCAUUUACCUCGUAAGUGUCACUGAUAUUGAUUCUGGACUGAAUGGAAAAGUGAUAUGUAGUCUAAACGAAAAUGUACCAUUUGAAUUGAAACCGUCAUAUAAGGAUAACAUGUACUCAUUGGUUGUCAAAGAGAAGUUGGACAGAGAAACCAUGUCCCAUUAUGACGUCACAUUAACGGCUACCGACUGUGGUCAGCCCCCUCUGUCCACUUUUAAAACUCUGAGCGUUCAGAUUUCUGACGUUAACGACAACAGCCCCGAGUUCGCACAAAAUCCUCUCGAGUUAUAUUUACUGGAAAAUAAUACUCCCAGUGCCUCUAUAUUUUCAGUUAGUGCAUUCGAUAAAGAUUUAAACGAAAACGCUGCGAUAAUAUACCAAACAGUUCGAGGGGAUGGAAGUCGGAAUGACAUGUCAUCUUUCCUAAACAUUAAUUCGGAUAAUGGCCACAUUUCUGCGAUGAAAAGCUUUGACUUUGAAACGUUAAAGAAAUUUCAGUUCCAAGUUGUGGCCCUCGACUCCGGAAGUCCCCCGCUAAGAAGCAACGUCACAGUCAACGUGUUUAUUCUGGACCAGAACGACAACCCUCCGGUUAUCUUACAUCCGAUCAGCUCUAACGGUUCUGCUGAGGGAGUGGAGGAGGUUCCUCGCAAUGUUCCUGCAGGCUACCUGGUGACUAAAGUGAGAGCCUACGAUGCUGACAUAGGAUACAACGGCUGGCUGUUAUUCUCACUACAGGAAGUGAGUGACCACAGUCUCUUUGGUCUGGACCGCUAUACUGGACGGAUAAGAACACUGCGCUCAUUCACAGAGACAGACGAGGCUCAACAUAAACUGGUCAUACUGGUCAAAGACAAUGGGAACGUGUCACUCUCAGCAACAGCUACUGUGGUUGUCAAGCUGGUGGAGCCCAAAGAGGCCAUAUCAGCUUCUGACGUGAAAAGCGCAGCGACUGACAUUGGGGACAGUGGCGUGACAUUUUAUUUAAUGAUAACUCUGGCUUCAGUUUCAACUCUUUUUCUCAUCAGUAUCAUUGUGCUUAUUGCAAUGCAGUGCUCUAAAACCACGGAUGUAUCCUCCAAGUAUUUACCUGAAACAAACUAUGAUGGAACUCUGUGUCACAGCAUCCAGUACAGAUCUGGAGAGAAACGCUACAUGUUAGUGGGACCCAGAAUGAGUAUAGGAUCUACUAUAGUCCCGGGGAGCAAUGGGAACACUCUAGUGGUCCCUGACAGGAGGAGUACUUCUGCAGAGGUAAGGGAACAAUUUAUAACUACAGUUUCGUAAUGCAU